UAUUAAUUAAAUUAAUUCCCUAAAAUACGAAAUAAAAUCCUCGUUACUUUUGAUUGUCAUAUUUAACUUAAAGGCAAUGAACGAUGCUUAGAGUGAUUAGUUUGGUAUUAAUCCGUCUAAUCGGCAGGUUUUUCAAAUCGGUUUAAGCCGUUGAAUCGAUCAAAUAAGUGGUUUGAUGUUCAAUAUCUUAUCGGAGUUUAACUUAUUUCAGCCGUUUUAUAUAUUUUUAGAUAUAUAUGCAAAUACGAUAAUAAUUUCAAAAUUUAUGAUUAAUCUGAAAUUUACCUUACAUGUAUUGUACUAUUGUUUAGUAACUUUAAUUUAGUAAUUUUAAUUUUAUGUGUACGUAUAAUCAUUAAAAUUCUAAGCUCUUCUCAUUCGGUCACUCCUAUUCCAAAACAACAAUAUUUUGUUGUCGAGCCGAAAAACCAAAAAAUUGAUCCAAGCAUCGAUUUUCUCGAUUUCUUGAUUUCUCGAUUUUCUCAGUUUCAUGGCCGGUUUUGAUCGAACCUGAUCCAGCCGGGCGAUUUGAUAAUGGUUUGACUACCUUGCUAAUUGGUCGCCCAUGCAAUCAAUCAAUGAAUUAAUUGUUUUAUCGGAGUCAUAAUCCAUGAUUUAGCAGCGUAUAGGAAAAAAAACAGAAGGGUUAAAGGUCGUCCUAAAAAUUACUAAUCAUCAUCCUAACUUAAAACGUAAAUUACUUAAUUACCCUUUUUAAAAUUAAAAAGGAAACCCUACCCAAACACUCCCCUUCCUCUUCGACAGAAACACUCUCCGCCGCCCCACCCCCACGCCCAGGCAGAGACCCCCCCGCCUCCCCACGCCCCCGCCGGCGACCCGCCCCCGUCGCCCGUCGCCGACCUUCCCCCUCGUCCCCGUCCCCGUCGCCGUCGCCGACCUUCCCCCUCGUCGUCCGCCGCGCCUCCUCCAGUCGCCGUCGUCCGCCGCGCCUCCUCUCGCUGUCCGUGCUCGCCGGAGAAGAAGGUAAGCCAGAGCCCGCCUCCUCUCGCUGUCCGUGCUCACCGACCGAAGCCGCCGUUCGGUUGGCCCUCGGUCAAACCGAGGUCAACGUUCGGUUGGCCUUCGGUCAAACCACAGUCAAGCUUCGGUUAAGCCAUGGUCAAACCGAAGUCAACAUUCGGUUGAGCCAUGGUCAAACCGAAGUCAACUUUCGGUUGAGUCAUGGUCAAACCGAAUGUUGACUUCGGUUUGACCAUGGUCAAACCGAAGUCAAUUUUUCGGUUGGUUUUUUUUUUUUUUUUGUUGAGAAAACAAAUAUACGGUUGGUUGAUUUUUAAAUGCAAUUAAUUAAUAAAAAUUGUUAUUAAAUAUUGUAAAUUAUGUAAUAAUUAGAAAUAAUUGUAGUUAAUUAUAAAUAAGUUUUACGGUUUAUAAUUUAUUAUGAACAAUGUAAUAAAAAUUAUGGGAAAAAUAUUGUGAAUAAUGUAUAAAAAAUUGUUAAAAAUUAUUUGAAAUUUUGAAAAAGUAUUAAAAUUCAGAAAUAUAAUCUGUAAAUUUGUUAUUAAUUUAAAAAACAUAUUAGAAAUAAUAGGAAAAUUAAAAAGUAGCCGAAAUUAGAAGAAAUCACUAAGAAAGUUGUAAUUAAUGUUAAUAAAUUAUCAAAAAUUACAAAAAAUUAGAGAAAAUUAUCAGAAAAUGUUAAUGCAUUUGAUUAUCAUUAAUUGUAAAUCGUAUUUUUUUUUGAAGAUGUCUGGACAUGGAAUAGGCAAACCGUACAUGAAUAAGAAAAGAAUGGAAGAAAAAACGGAAGGAAGAAUGGAAGGUCGUGCUUGUAGACUUACAGCGACCGGUAGAAAAGAAAAUGAAGAAAAAAAUCCACGUAAGGUUAAGGGGAAGAAGAAGAAGGCGGAAAUAGUGCGUCCCGACGGUCGCCCUACUAUGGGACAGUUAUCUCUUAGUCGAGGUACUACCUCCACCCCUACUCCUGAGGAUGCGACGCCGUGGGAGGCUAAUUGGAGUGAUUCAGUUUCUAUGGACGACGACGACGAUGAUGAUGAUGAUGUGGCUGUUGAUGAGGUUGGGGAUGCCCCACCUGAAUCUGAUGUAGGCAUCGGUAAGAAGAGACGAGUUGGGACAUCUUCUACAGCUUCUUCGCACUUUCCACAGCGUGGGCUAGAUGGACGCUACGUUGCGAGACGUAGUAGUGAGGAAGACGGUGAUGGUAAGAAGAGGAAGAAGGGAGUAAGGGGGGACAUGUCGUGGCGUCUGACAUCGGAGUCUCAGAUGUGUUCAGGUGGACCUGUGAUUCCCGAUGUGAUCCCUAGCUUUGGAGGUCACAUUGCCUUUGCACUGUGGACUUCCCCAGCACAGGAUCGUGGGUUGUUGGAUUGUUGUCAUAGAUCUGGUACUGUGGAGUCUUUGAGGAGGUAUGAGUGGAGUUCAGAGGGUUCUGAGAAGGUGGUUGAGGGCACAGGAUUGUCCCACUUGGCAGGCUGUAUGAUGCAGCAUUUAGAUACAGCUUUGAUAACGGCAUUUGUGGAGAGAUGGCAGCCGGACACGAACACCUUCCAUAUGCCAUUUGGAGAGAUGUCGAUUCUUCUCCACGACGUGCAUCACAUCCUUGGGGCGACACCGGCUAAUCUCAGUUGUCUGAUGUAUUGCUUAUCAUCUUCGGUCAAAACAUUCCUCUUACUUGAUCCAUUCGGAAAUAGCUCCAGCGGAUGAUUGUGAAAACCCAAAUUAGCACCAGGAUUCUUUCUAUUAGCCACUGCUAGUAUCAACCAAUAUCCAUCAUCUGACCGCUCAAUCUUGAUCUGAAAUUCACACCCCAACUUUCCAGAAGAAGUAAGAGGCCUCCUUUCCUUAGCCGGAUCAGAAUCAGGAGCCUUCGAAUUUUUCUUCCUACCAUGAGUGCACUUCAAGUAUCGUUGCCUACUAUCUUCACUUGGAUUUUUUUUAUUUGAUGCCUUCACCAAAUAAAACCCAAAACCCUUGGCAAUCUCAGUAGCUGCUGCAUAUGCAAUCAAAUCUGUAUCGUAUUUUACUCCAUUGACGAAUUCUGAGGUGUAAUCUUUGUCAUCCCCUCCGUAAUCAUCAAUAUCCUACAAUGUUAGAUCUCAUGAUAUAAGUAGGACUCCACAAUAAGAGAAAAUCUAACGACUACAUUUAAUUUAAUAAUUAUCGCAAAUAAUUUAGCAUUCUCUAUAUUAUCCUAAGCAAAAUCCAACAUUUAACACGACAAAAUUUAGCAUUCUCUAUUAUUUACAUACUAUACAUCUAAUGUAAGAAUCAUAUUAAUCACAUUCAAUAAUUUUUUUAUUGCGUA